AUGUGGUUUAGUUGUGCGUCGUUGUCCGUUUGUUGUUCACAUCAUACGAAUCGCUUGAAGUACACUUGCUGUCGAUUUGGACGUUUCGCGUUUGUGCGAUGCUACUUGGUGAUGGCUGCUGCAGCAGCAGUUUGCAGUGUAUCGCUUCUUGAUUCCCGUGAAGUCAAUUACAACGAGUGGAGAGAAACCGUUAGUACCCGCCCAAGUCACGACAUUUGGUGUGUGUUCAGUUUAGAUAAUUUUCAUAGUUCUUUUAUAAUUGAGGUUUACGUUUGUUUUAUUUUAAUCACAGUUGCGAACAUGAGCGCGGUUGAAGAACGUGUAGCCGAAAAGAGGCAUCUCGAUGACAAGGAUGUGGAGAAUGGUGUUGCCGCAAAAGAAGCCAAAUUAGAGAAUGGUUCGGCAGUGCAUGCCGAAAAGGAUAGUACCAAAAUCAGUUCCCUGAAGGAAAAGAAGGUCGAGGAGAAUAAGAAAGACGAGGAAAAUGGAGAGGACGCUGAAGGCGAAGACGGCAAUGAGGAGUCAAGCGGAGAUGAAGGUGACAGUGUUGGAGAUGAGGAGGAGGGAGGCAGUGAAGACGAAGAAGCCAGUGUCGGAUCUGAGGAAGGUAGUACGGAUGCUGAGGGGGGUGACCCAGAGGAAGAUGACGGUGAAGACGGUGAAGGUGAGGAAGGUGAAAGCGAGGAGUAG